AUGGUGUAUCCUACCUGGAACAUAUGGACGCCUUUUAGACACAGUGAUUGGCGAGAUGAGUUCGUCCAUAGAUACAACGCCCGGUUCCACCCAGCACUUGUCGAUUCGGGUCAAGGACGAUUACGCCUAGCACAAGCCACCAGCGUUCCGCACGGUGCUGUUCGUCACAUCGGCGCAGUUCAAGACAGCAACAGCCAGAGCUUAGCCUCGGCUCCUAUCGCACUUUCCCAGGAUGCAUUUUACGAUCCAGAGGGAUUUGUUGUCUUCGCCCCGGAAACCACUUCUCCGCAGCGAUUGGACCAGCCUCGGUCAUCUGCCCCGUUGCCCGCGCCUAGAGCUCAGCCUACUGCGCAAGUAAUUGAUCUGACUCGAUCGUCUACUUCUACUUCUACGCCCUCGUCCGCGCCUUCUCCUACUGUUGCGGCUGGGCCCGUGUUUGUAAGCCAGUCAUCAUGUCUUCAACCUUCUCAAGUUCUGGUUGUGCCCAACCAGACGCAUGUGAUGAACCAGCCUCCGGUUCCCGAACCCGCGGCCGCACCGAGUUACAGACCUAUGCUUGCUCCUUAUUCUGUAGCCAUUCCCAUAAAUACACCUACUUUUGGGCCUCCCGCGGCUAUAUCUCUACUUGAGACCCAGCCUCCAAGCACUCCAGGCCUCGCCGCUUCAAGUAUGUCACGCGAGACACAGCCGCCCCGUCAAACACCGGGCUAUGGUCAGCUUCUGACCGACCCCCUCAACGAUCCAACGGCUGCUACAGAGGUGCUCGAAGCACCACCACGUCAGAGACCCGCUUGGAGAGGUUUUAUCGAGGGAGAUGCUACGAUGCAUCAGCAAGGAGUCCAGCCCGCUCCUAUUGUCCCAGCUACGUCUACGCCGCCGAUUCCUGAGGACACAGCAUACAGUCUCUUUCGUCGCAAUUUAGCCAACGCAUAUCCUUCGCGUCGGCCUCAAGCAACCAGGCUACAGCGCCGUGUCUUUCGGAACCCCUUCAGGGCACGAGGCGGAUUUAUGUCAACUCGGCCUAGCAUACAGCCGACUGCGAAUAUGCGACAGCAUGCGGAGCGGAGGACUGGUUCUACGACAGAACACACCGGCCAUCUUGCGCAACAAACCCACAUUCCGCCCGAAGAUGACGGCGGUAUGAGAAAUGCCCAAACGGCGGCUCUCGAGGCGCUCUCUUUACAACUUGGGUUGAACUCGAGCACUCCAGCUGCCCAGCCCAUCCAUGGGCGUUCUCAGCCAAGCACCCCUACCUCUCAGACAGGUCUGCCACAGGCAAGUCUGCCACAGACGGCUCCAGCACGUACAACUGUACCAGAUGCACGUCCAAGCAUAGACGAGCCGGACACUGAGAUGAUCGACGCAUCCAGCCCUGGAGACCAAUGGAAGACCCACCGCGAGCGAAGAAGAGCAUGGGACAAGCCAUGGGUGAGGGAGGGCCUGACGAUGCAGCAGUGGCGGGCGGCUAACACCCUCUGGGGGAAGGAGGGCCUCACGCAGGCAGCAUGGCUUAAGAAGGAGAACAUGACCUGGUACACCUGGAGGAAACUAGUAAGGGGAGAGGAGCACAGGGCGGAGGAGGCAGCCGCUCUUGCCUCGCAGGAGCAGGACAGGGGCACGAAACGCACCCGAGAGCAGGCUGACGAGGACAAUGACGGCGACGACGAAGAAGAAGACGGUGCUGGUGACGAGGAGAUGAAGGAUGAUGAUGGCGUCUCCCUUAACGAUGGCGGCGGCGCCUCCGCUUCCGACAACGCCGCGGAGGAUAUUCCUCCUCGGCGUGCUCGCAGGGCCAAGAGGCGCAAGUACGCUCCGUCGACUAGUUCUUCUGAGUGA